AGUAAAAUGACAAAUGAAUGUACAAAGGGCAAAGCUUCCCCAUCCAUCAUAAUUACAAGGCUGAGGAUAGAGCUUUAGAGCAGAAGCUCUCUCCCUCCCUUCUCCAUAACAACAAUGUCCUCCAUGGCUUUGUUUUCUCCUUCAUCCCAUCUUUCUACUCUCUCUCCUUCUUCACACCACACAACCCAUUUCUCCUUCAGACCCUUUUCUUCUCUCAGAACCAGAAACCCUUCUUCUUCUUCUUCUUCCUCCUCUCUCUUCACUAUCAGGGCCACAGCUGACAAUGGUGCCGGAAUCUCAGGUGGUUCAGCUACUGUUGCUGUAGAAACCCCCGUCGAGCAGAAGGAUCCGGAGCCGGCCGAGGAGAGCCUCGCCGGAACCAAUGGGUCGGUGGCGGCUGCUGAAGAAGUUGUCGAGGUGGUUAGCAAAUUUGAAGACCCUAAAUGGGUUAAUGGGACUUGGGAUUUGAAUCAGUUCCAGAAAAAUGGAAGUACUGAUUGGGAUGCUGUUAUUGAUGCUGAGGCUAGGAGGAGGAAGUGGUUGGAAAACAAUCCAGAAUCAUCAAGUAAUGAGGACCCUGUGGUGUUUGACACAUCCAUAGUUCCUUGGUGGGCUUGGAUUAAGCGCUACCAUCUGCCAGAGGCUGAGCUACUCAAUGGGCGUGCAGCCAUGGUGGGGUUCUUCAUGGCUUACUUCGUUGAUAGCUUGACAGGGGUAGGACUAGUAGGUCAAAUGGGCAACUUCUUCUGCAAAACAUUGCUAUUUGUUGCUGUGGUUGGAGUUCUUUUGAUAAGAAAGAAUGAAGAUAUAGAGACUCUAAAGAAGUUGAUUGAUGAAACAACAUUUUAUGACAAGCAAUGGCAAGCAACUUGGCAGGAUGAAACAUCCUCAGGCUCAGGCAAAAUGUAAUACGGGAAAAGUUGCCUGUUUCUUGUUUUGUAUGGAUUAUGUUUGUAUCUCUAAAGAUUUGGGCUAAGUAGAGAAAAGAUAAUGUGAGCUCUGAAAGAUACUAAAUCUUUAGGUCUCAGUUAAAUGCUUCUUGAAGUUGAGGCUUCUCGAGUUUCAAUGAAAAUCUCUCCAAAAGAGCCUUGCUUUAUCUGGAAA